AUGGAAAUCGACUUGCAACCUGUGGAAGAGAUCGAUUUUACCAACUCCGAGAGAGCCAUUUUCAACGUCCUCAAGGCCACUCUACAGUACCCUGCCAAUCCGCAAACCAAAGGAUUGAAACUUGCGGACGACAUCGACUUCUUCUGCAAAUCAGCAGAAGGAGAGGGUGCUGUCAGUGCAAUCCUGUGGGAUGUUUGGGGGGUCAUCGUUGAGAUAGUCUCCCGAAUUCCGCCAGGGCAUCCAUGGCAGACCAGCCUCGUGCAGUCCCUAGAUACUCUACGCCGGCGAGACGGAUCCGCUUCUGCACAAAACAAGGACCUCCCGAAUCUGUCGGCCUGCAUGAGAGAACAAUGGAACGAUCCGACCUAUACUGGUGAGGAUGUGGGUGAGGAGUUCACCAAGUGGGAAAACUUGAACUCCUUUGUAGCACGACUUACGAAAGCUGGAUUCGCACCUUGGCUCAAUUUCCCCAUCUGGCAGCUCAGGAUGACUCUCGAAGAGCCGCCGGUGAAGGGAGCUGCAAUGGCUUGCCGCUUGCGUGUGGCGACAGAGUGGGUCAUCCACUGCGCAGAUGCUAUCUUCGAGGAAAUCAACUCGAAGGAGGAGCUCGACGAGAGCUUAGCUCGGGCCCUCAGAACAGGCCCGCUCUAUGAAGGGAAGCCACCUCUGAGCAUCGAGCGGUGGGACUUCUGGAAGAAGCGGUUCUCCGAGACUGAUGACGAUCUGGGCAAUUUGGAGGUUGACAUUGCCAUAUCUGGGCAGAUUUCAGAUGCUUUGAGGAGUAUGGAUGCUGUGGGCAAGUAA